AUGGAUGUAAAAACACCACUAAUUAUACGGGAAUUGUGUGGACAACGGAUCCAACAGUUUAUCAAUGGCUCGGACUUUGUGUUGGCUAUGAAUGAGGACAACCAUGUGUUCAGUUGGGGACACAAUCAUAAGGGACAAAUAUCGCAUAUAUUUGUUGUGGUUUUUUUGCAUUCCCUGGCGCUCACGACCGAUGGAAAGGCGUACGGGUGGGGCGACAAUAGUAAGGGACAAAUAGGAUGUAGGAAUAGUCUGUUCAUUGAGUUAUCGGCCAUCGGUUCCGGAGGUUUUGGAACCGUAUAUAAAGUAAAGCACAGAAUCGAUGAACACAUAUAUGCCGUCAAAAGCGUCCAAAUUAAAGACUUUUCUGAGGAACACUUACAACGAGUUUAUAAAGAAGUCCGGAAUUUAGGAGCCGUUCGUUCAGAAUAUUGUGUUCAGUAUUACAACUCAUGGCCUGAAGACAAACACCUCUACAUUCAGAUGGAGUUCUGUUCACAGAAUCUGCGGAAUAUUGUUGAAGUGAAACCACAAGUAUUUGGUCGACAAUUAGGAGAAGCCAUGGAUUGUGUCGAGUAUUUCAUUUCUUGUGAAAUAUUGCGACAAAUCUUAGAAAGUGUUCAGUAUUUGCAUGAAUUGAAUCCACAGAUCAUUCACAGAGACCUCAAACCCGAUAAUAUAUUGAUCGAUAGGAACGCACGGAACGGUAGAUUUGUUAAGUUAUGUGACUUUGGUUUGGCUACAGUUCACGACAAAGACAUCAAUUAUAUAACUCGUGAUAAGCACUCAGCAGGUGUGGGCACAAUAAAGUAUCAAGCGCCUGAAAUAGGCCAUGGUGAACUAAUUGAUUUUGAUUUGUUUUACCCUGAUAAUUCUGAAGGCAUUUACUCCGGGAAUGAAAUUCUAAACACAAAAGUAAAUGAAUUGUCAAUGAUGUCAACCCCUCAAUGGAACCGAAGGCCUGAAUGUUCACAAGUUUUGCAUAAAUUUAAUGAUUGGGCUAUAGAUCGGAAUAUUGUUAAGGAUACA